AUGGCGCCAACUCUUCAACCGCAAAAUAACAACACCCUGAAGCGACAUGACGGUUCACCUGUUAGAAGCCCCAGCUUCAUGAACGAAGACCGAGCCCACAAAAGUCAACCAUAUUUCAGUGGAUAUGAGGAGAUUACUUUUGUGAGGAAACCAUUCCCACCAAGUCCUUUACAAAUCGGGGGCUUGGCGAGAAGUUUGCUCGGCACUCGACAUGGAACACAAAUAACCGAGGAACAUUUUCAGGGCUGCAUCCGCAACCUCCGCAUCAACGGGGAGAUCGCAGAUCUGGGAGGAGGCUCGAGCGUGUCCCAGGACUGCUCACCAGGCUGUCCUGCCGCCGACCCAUGCUCGUUACAUGGCACCGCUUGCCCUCAACACUCGCGCUGCGAGAGCGGCGAGACCGAGACGCCGGUGUGUGGUUGCGACAUAGGCCACGUAGGGGAAGGCUGUCGUAAUGCGGCCGUCUCGGUAGCGCUGCUACCUGACAGCUUCGUCAAGCUGGCGCUCUCUGUCACUCCUCCUUCCCAUCACACUGAUCUCAAGCUCAGGCGAGUGCAUGGUGAGCUGGCAAGCCUAGCAUCUCUACACCGACGUGAUGUACUGCGACUGUACUUACAAGAGUCCCGCUUGUGUCUGGGCCUGACACUUGGUGCGGACACCGCUACAAGUUACGAGUCUCAAGUGUGCCUGACUCAAGUGCUGCUCAGUGACGGUGAAUGGCAUACAGUUACUGCUAACAGGAAGCCCGCACUCAGCAAAAAGCAUAAUUUUUUGCCAAAGGUCAGCGACAGAAUAAAUAGGCGGGCUUUCCAUUUUGACCAGACCAUUAAAAAGUCUCUUGACGAGAAGAGUUUCCCUUACGAACAAGUUCUUCGGUCCAAAGUUUCGGUCAGUGAGAUGACGAAGAACGCCUCCAUUGUCUAUUCUGGCGACGCGACCGCUCUACUUCAGCAGGCCACUGCAGAAAAAUCCCAACAAAAACUGAUUUACUUCGAACGAUUUGAAGUGUCAGAAACUUCAGCUUCUCCCGUAUCAUUUGGCGAUCAUGAAAUGAGUUUGAGGCAGAGUCGUCCAAUUAGAAUUUUGACCCGACCCGAACCACGCAAUGUGCGAAGUCGCCAACGUCCAACACGAGUGAAAAGGAGCGAAAAUAGCAGGUUAAAAACUGUCUCAAAACAAGUAGAGGGAAGUCCCGAGAUGGACGAGAGUGAUCAACAUUUUGGCUGGUCUGGUGACUUUGAAGUUGACAGGCAAGAAGGUUUCUUAAUUGGAGGCGUGCCGGUCUUUGACGGUGUCGAUGCUUUCACAGUCGCGGAGGACCUUCAUGCAGCCUGCGUGUCCGACGUGCGCGCGUGGGGAGCGGCGCUGCCGCUGCCUCCUGCAGUCAACACGACGACUUCCGCACAGGUGAUUGCGUUCGCUAACGUGGCGGAGUCGUGCGUCGAGACUCGGUGCUCCAACACCUCGUGCGAGGCGCCCUUGUUCUGCAGCGACUUCUGGAGGCCAAUGUCUUGCUCGUGUCCACCGGGUCUGCUGUUAUCGGGCAACAGGUGCGAGCCUCUGGACGAGUGUGCGUGGCAGCCGUGCCUCAACAGCGGCGUGUGCGAGGACCUGCCAUCAGGCUACCGCUGCUCGUGCCCACCUCAAUACACAGGCGAGCACUGCGAGCGCCUGUUGCCUGAUCCCGAGCCCGACCUGAGCUACGCGGUUGGCACGGCUGCUGCCGUCGUCGCCUGGCUGCUCCUGCUAGUUGUUUUCGCGGUUGUUUGCAUAUUGCGUGGGAGGUGGCGUCAUCACCGACGUCGUCGCGCGUCUAAACGCUCGUCAGUGCCUGAUGUCACGCCGUACACAUCACACAGUCUUUUUGGUGCUGUAAACCCCGUUAUAAAUAACGCUGCUGAGCCCUUUCCAACGUGUUCUAGAAAUGCCAGGGAUGAGCUUGAAUUGGAAUCAGGAAAAUCAGCGCGCUGGAAAGGCAAGCCAAAAUGGCUUCGCGGCUGGGGGACUGAACCCUCGACUAGUGUAUCUACUGACCUCAGAUCUGCCUCCUGUGUUUACGAUGCUGCUUCUCCUGGCAGUUCCGUGCGAAGAAAAGUAAUUUGUGCUAAGAUCUCCAAAUCAUCACAAAGUAAAAAAUCUGGUAAAGGAUCGGGCCAAGACUCGUCUUGUUACACCAUCAAUGAUGAUCACAUGCACACGACUGCAUUGAAUAUUCACCUGCCUCACUGCGCUGUUCACUCACAGCAAGCGUUCGAGGAGCUCAGUUUGAAUGUGGCAACCGUAGAAGAACAGAAAAUUGGUGUAAACAAAUUAGCGAGAGCAAGAUCAAAUGUGGGCGAGAAGAACUCGAACCAAGUUGAAGUUUUAAGUUAUACGAAUACAAGCGUCCCUAAAAAUAAGUGUAUUACAAGCCAUGAUUCAGUUGUGGCGUGCGGCAAUCAAGAUGCGAGUCACAUAAAAAACCACCAGAAGCCAACAAGAAGUCAAAAAAUCUGCGGCUUUCAAAUUUUGCCGUCUGCGGACGACCUCAGAAAUUAUGCAUAUGAAGGCGAAGGAAGCUCCCCAGGGUCGCUUUCGUCGUGCUGUUCAGGUCCGGAUCCUUCAUCGAGCAAGACUUCAUCACUGAUGGGAGGCUUUCAGGAAGUUGCUGUGCUUCUCAAUUGCCUCAAUAAUUCGGCAACGGAAAGAAAUCAAGAGAAAAUCGUGCAAAAUAUUCCUUCGCAAGAAGUCCCAGGUGAGAAAAGAGCCGCAGUAUUGCGCCGCUCUAUCGGAAGCAUCUUCGAGUCUGGAAGUCAGAUGAAGGAAAAGUCUUCGUGUUGGAGGGAUGAAACAGACUUCAUUGAAACUAGUGAUAAAAAUCUCAACAAUUCACAGACUUGCGACGUGAAGGAUCAUCCGACGAGGAACACUUUUUUCCCGUUAGUUUCAGCGAAGCUAAAAUGCACCAAAAACUCGUCUUUGUUUACCAAUUCCGAAAGUGAAAUAAAAUUUCAUGAUAAAGAAUUUGAAAUGUCGAAAUUAACAUCAUCUGAGAUUUCAUGCAAGAGUCCAACAAGUAAUUCAAAUGUAUCUUAUUUCUCGCUGCCGCGUAGAAGAAAUUCCUCGACCUCUGAAAAAAUGUCUGACGAGUUUUCAUGUUCUUUUGUCGCAUUGCCAGCGUCUCAUCACGGGUCUUUGCAACGACCGCGACGGUCAAAAACUAGAAAUCUUGUUGACUACGACGAUCAUUUGUGUGCCACUGAGGUGCCAUCUCAGAAUAGCCCUAAACCAGGCAAGUCUUUACUGCUGUGCCCACAAGAACAGUCUACGUGGACCUCACAACAACGACACUUUAGUGACACUUCGACACAUCCUCCUCCGCCGCCGCUGUUGUAUCGAGACCACGUUACAUCGAGCGAGAACUCCAUAUCUUGUCUGAAAGACACCAAGCAACAUUGAAAUAAAGUCUUUCGAGAUCCUAAUUUUGCAUCUAAACAUCGAUAGAUUUGAAAUAGUCUGAUAUUUUAAAGAUAAUAUCAAAUUUGAUCGGCAUUUGAGUGGAGUGAAAAUAUUUAUUUCUGAAAUUUGAUUUGUUGGCAAUGAGUUUGCAACAGCGAAAUUCUUGUGGCGUGAUAUUAUAAAUGACUAUCAGUACAAUCGUAGCCUAAUUACUGUUGUCUUCGAGUACUUCAGUCAUAUAAAUAAAUAUUUUCCAGAUAAGUGUAAAAUCAUUAAAACGUACUAGUAGUAGCUUUACAUAAUGCUAUUUCAUGAGUAACAUGUACUCAGACUACAAAAAGUAGCAGUUUUGAGGUGCCGCCAGCUUGCUUAGAGGUGUUGAAACAACUCAGGAAUAACAUUUCAGGUGAACUAUUAUACCAAGGUAAACUUCGGAAUGGUAAAAUCUAGCUAAUGAGAUAAUUGUAUAACACAUGGCAUGAAUGAAUGUGUGGCAUAUUUAUUAUUGUAUUUUCAUGAGAUCAAUUUAUGAAGUAAGCGAUCAAUGUAUUAUGCAUGAAAUCAACGUAUGAUGCAUGGGAUAAAUGUAUGAAGCAUGGGAUUAAUUUAUGUAGCGUGAAAUCAAUGUAUGAUGCAUAGGAUGAAUGAAUGAAGCAUAUUAUCAAUGUAUGAUGUAUGAGAUCAAUUUAUGGUGAAUGAGAUCAUUGUAUGAUGCAUGUGAUCAACGCGGGAUGUAUGGGAUCAAUGUAUGAUGAUUGAGAUCUACGGAUGAUGUAUGCGAUCGACAGCGCAUGAUGUAUGAGAUCUAUGCAUAUUGUAUGACAUCAAUGUAUGUUAUACAACAUGAGUGUAUAUGAGUGAUCUGUGUAUAAUUCAUGUAAGCAAUUCGUGAUAUGUGCAAUCAAUGCAUUGUGUAACUUCGAAGUUAAUAUCUGAAAGGAAUUUUAAAUAAACGCAUUAAUGCAAAAAUAAAUCUACGGUUGAUAAAUAGCAUAUCAACAAGCCAUUGCCACGCAAUAAGUGACUGAGGAUGUCAAACGUUAAUAUAUGUUUCUACAGAUGUGUUCACCGAUGUUCAUUUGUCUUUGGACGUGCUCGCAAAUUGCUUUACUUUCGCCCGAAGGCUACAGUACUGCGUCUAUUGCUAUAGUGCUUGGCAUUAAAGUUGACAUUAAUAUGGAAAUAGAUUAUUCUUAAAUUCCAUUACAAGUUACUUCAAUAUUUCAGCAGCUUGGCGGCACCUCAGGACAUUGUUCAAAUGACAAAACUAAAAACUCAUUUAGUAUUACCUAACCUGGAAUAGGAGAAUUGUUAUUGGAACACAUUCUAAGGGAGAAUUUUUUUCGCUCCUUCCCAGUAAUCAUUUUUUAAUCAGGGAUAAGUCCUUCCUAGUGAUCCUUUUUCAGUGGCAAUCUUCAUUGUUUAAACAUAAUUAUAAAAAAUCUUCAAUUCAAGUCAAAUCGUUUGACAUCAAUAGGUUUCCCUAUUCAGGGGCCAUAACUUGAUGUUCCGCAAUGAGACGAGUGACGUAAACCGUGUGACAACUAGACGUUCUCUAAUGCUAUAAUAGUUAAAUGCUAACUACAUUAGCCUACUAUAUUUUUAACGACGUAUUUACACCAGUGUAUUCUACGUACAGGACUGUGCGAAAAAAAAACAGUUUUGCACUUUUAAAUACUGCAUAUCUGUGUAAAUCUAUGCUGAGAACUCGAUUGGUAAACUUGAGCCAAUGAUGUUAAUUAGUGAAAUUCAAACUUGGAUGUCUGAAC